AUGACAGGUUCAUCAAAAUCUCCAAAAUCAUCCAAUUUGGGGGCUAGGCCUCCACAAGGGGUGAAAUAUACAAGACGUACUUCAAGUGGAAGGGUUGUGAGCCUUUCAAGAGAUGAUGAUAUAGAUUUGUCUGGUGAUUUUGCAGGCCAAAAUGAUUACAUAAAUUACACCGUGAUGAUGCCACCUACCCCAGAUAACCAACCUGGAACCUCUGAUCAUACCAGGCAAGAUGGUGCAGCUGCACCAUAUGGGACAUCAAGGUUUGCCUCUGAAUCUCAACAAGAUGGAACCAAUAGUAGUGGUGGUGGUGGGCCUAAAAUGGACAGAAGGAUGUCCGUGCUGAAUUCAGUGAAUAACAAGUCCAUGUUAUUGAGGAGCCAAACUCAAGAUUUUGAUCAUAACCGAUGGCUGUUUGAGACCAAAGGAACUUAUGGGAUUGGGAAUGCAUUUUGGCAAGAAGAUCAAAGUGCUUUUGGCGAAGACAGUGGAGUGAGCAUGUCAGAUUUCAUGGACAAACCUUGGAAACCACUUACUAGGAAAAUUAGAAUUCCAGGCUCUGUACUUAGUCCUUACAGAUUGUUGGUGGCUAUCCGUAUGGUAAUUCUAGCCUUCUUUUUAGCGUGGCGAAUUCGUAACCCUAACCAUGAUGCAAUGUGGUUAUGGGGAAUAUCAAUUGUCUGUGAAAUUUGGUUUGCCUUCUCUUGGCUUCUUGACAUACUUCCCAAACUCAACCCAAUAAAUAGAAGCACAGACCUUGCAGCUUUACGUGACAAGUUUGACCAACCAUCUCCUUCCAACCCUACUGGUCGCUCAGACUUACCUGGCAUUGAUGUCUUUGUGUCCACUGCUGACCCUGAAAAGGAGCCACCUCUUGUCACUGCCAACACAAUUCUUUCCAUUCUUGGUGUAGAUUAUCCAAUUGAAAAAGUCUCAUGCUAUAUUUCAGAUGAUGGUGGUGCCAUACUCACAUUUGAAGCCAUGGCUGAAGCUGUCAAGUUUGCUGAGGUCUGGGUACCAUUUUGUCGAAAACACAAUAUCGAGCCAAGGAAUCCUGAUGCUUACUUUAGCUUGAAAAAGGACCCCACAAAGAACAAGAAACGACCAGAUUUUGUCAAGGACCGCAGAUGGAUAAAGAGAGAGUAUGAUGAAUUUAAGGUUAGAAUCAAUGGACUUCCAGAGGUAAUACGUAAAAGAAGUAAAACGUACAACUCUAAGGAGGAGAAGAAAGCAAAACAAUUAGCUAAGGAGAAAAAUGGUGGAUCUCUUCCUUCAGAUUAUACGAGUGAUGUCCUUAAAGCUACAUGGAUGGCUGAUUGCACUCACUGGCCAGGGACUUGGCUCAAUCCAACUAGUGAUCACUCUAAGGGUGACCAUGCUGGAAUCUUACAGAUAAUGAGUAAGGUCCCAGAGCAUGAUCCUGUAAUGGGCUACGCAGAUGAGAAAAAGCUAGAUUUCACAGGAGUAGACAUUAGGAUUCCAAUGUUUGCAUAUGUCUCCAGAGAGAAGAGACCAGGGUAUGAUCAUAACAAGAAAGCAGGAGCCAUGAAUGCUAUGGUUCGAGCCUCGGCUAUAUUGUCAAAUGGGCCAUUUAUACUGAAUUUGGAUUGUGACCACUACAUCUACAACUCCCUUGCUUUUAAGGAGGGAAUGUGCUUCAUGAUGGAUCGUGGUGGUGAUCGCAUAUGUUACAUACAAUUUCCACAAAGAUUUGAAGGGAUUGAUCCUUCUGAUCGAUAUGCAAAUCAGAACACAGUCUUCUUUGAUGGAAAUAUGAGAGCAUUGGAUGGUCUCCAAGGUCCAAUGUACGUAGGGACAGGUUGCAUGUUUCGGAGAUAUGCACUAUAUGGAUUUGAACCACCAAGGUUCAUAGAACACACAGGCAUGUUUGGAAGAGUGAAAACCAAGGUGAACCGUAAUGCACUACAGGCAAGAUCAGGUGGUGAUGAUGAUACGCAGCCAUUGACAUCUGAUUCAGAAAUGGGUUUCCCACAGAAGUUUGGAAACUCAAGUAUGUUCACAGAUUCCAUAGUUGUAGCCGAGUUCCAAGCAAGGCCACUUGCUGAUCACAAAUCUGUAAGGAAUGGAAGGCCACCUGGAUCACUGCUCACACCACGUCAACCACUGGAUGCACCCACUGUUGCUGAGGCAAUUGCUGUCAUCUCGUGCUGGUAUGAGGACAAAACUGAAUGGGGAGAUAGGGUAGGUUGGAUUUAUGGAUCAGUCACAGAGGAUGUGGUAACUGGUUAUAGGAUGCACAACCGUGGGUGGCGAUCAGUGUAUUGCGUCACAAAGAGAGAUGCUUUCCGUGGCACAGCACCAAUAAACCUCACUGAUCGCUUACAUCAAGUGCUAAGAUGGGCCACAGGUUCUGUGGAGAUUUUCUUCUCAAGAAACAAUGCCUUUUUUGCAACUCGACGCCUCAAGUUCUUGCAGAGAAUUUCAUACCUCAAUGUUGGCAUAUACCCCUUCACCUCCAUAUUUUUGGUUGUAUAUUGCUUUAUUCCUGCACUAUCUCUUUUCUCUGGACAAUUCAUUGUGCAAGGUUUGAAUGUAGCUUUCCUCACAUACCUUUUGCUCAUCAGUAUUUGCCUCACUCUUUUGUCCCUACUUGAAGUGAAGUGGUCUGGGAUUGCCCUUGAGGAAUGGUGGCGCAAUGAGCAAUUUUGGGUCAUUGGUGGCACUAGUGCUCACCUUGUUGCUGUUAUACAAGGUUUGCUAAAGGUCAUUGCGGGCAUAGAGAUUUCAUUUACUUUGACAUCUAAGUCAGCAGCAGAUGAAGAUGAGGAUAUCUAUGCUGAUCUUUACAUUGUAAAAUGGACUAGUCUCUUCAUUGUGCCACUAACAAUUAUUAUUGUUAACAUCAUUGCCCUGAUCAUGGGGAUCUUAAGGACUGUAUAUAGUGUUAUACCACAGUGGAAUAAGCUCUUAGGAAAUUUGUUCUUUAGUUUCUGGGUGCUAUCUCAUAUGUACCCUUUUGCUAAAGGGUUGAUGGGUAAGAGGGGAAGGGUGCCAACGAUUAUUUAUGUGUGGUCAGGAAUUCUUUCCAUUACCAUUGCACUGCUCUGGAUUACAAUUGAUCCUCCAAAUGACACUCUCCAAGCAGGAAGCAUUGAAAUAUGA